AUGGCCGCCCAAAUGGAACAGCAGAUCCAUCGGGAUCCUGCGCUUUUCUACUGGAUUCUGCUGCCCAUUACCGUUGUCAURAUUCUGACUGGUAUUCUCCGCCACUACCUUUCUACACUACUUCAGACGAUACCAAAGAAGCAGCCGCUCGCAAAAACGCGCCAACAACGCUCUCUCAUGCACGCUCAGACUCUCCGCGCGAACUACCAGCAAAUAUCUAAAUCGGCAUUCGAGCGACGAAAGGAGGUGUUCAUUGAUGGUGUCAAGGAUGGUAGAUUCUUGGCUGAUCCUGAGAAUCGGGGAAAGCCCCCGGCGAACCCAAUGACGGACCCUGCCAUGAUGGAGGGCAUGAUGGGCAUGAUGAAGGGCAAUGUUGCGAUGAUGGUGCCACAGAGCUUGAUUAUGGGCUGGAUCAACGCUUUCUUCUCCGGAUAUGUGAUCAUGAAACUGCCCUUUCCGCUUACGCCACAGUUCAAGCAAAUGCUGCAAGCAGGUGUUGGUACCAGGGAUCUGGACGUGCGGUGGGUUUCAAGUUUGAGCUGGUAUUUCCUUACUUUGUUCGGCUUGCAACCAGUUUACAACUUCAUCCUAGGGAGCAAUAAUGCCGCUGCCCAGGUGACCCAACAAAUGGCACAGUCUCAAAUGGGGGUCAAUCCUAUGGGAGGUGCCGAGGACCCAGAGAAGCCGUUCAAGGCGGAGAUUGAGAACUUGGAGGUCAUCGAACACACGUACAUCCUGGAAGGUAUAGAGGAUAGAUUACUCGCAAAGCUGGGCUCUGUAUAA